AUGAUCUUGCCGAACGGUCCCAUCGUUGCCGAACGUUCCAGGAUCGGUUCUCGGGUCCUCACGGUCUCAUCAUGGCCGAGGCAUUGCCCACACCACUCUCCACCCCUUCUCUUCCUGUGCAUUGCGUUGUCUGUGGAUUGCUUCGCGGCCAAAAAGCCUGUUCUGAAGACGCUCACGGCAAUCCGAGAGAAAGUCAAGACGGUGAUAAGCAAUCGCGAGGAUCUGGCAGCUCUGGGCGAAAGAUGCGCGUACAUCACAGCUUGUGUUAUCGUGAAGUUCAGGAAGGGGUUCUCAGAGUUCGACGUUGCACCUCUUGAGGACUGCAUCCGCGCAGCUGGGGCGCUUGUCGAGCACUGUGGUCGGCGGGGCAAGUUGCUCAGGGUGGUAAAGGCCUCCAGCGAUAGAGGCGAGAUCGCUGCACUGAACGCGCGCAUUCGAGCUCUGGAAAGCGACAUGGGCCUGGCCGGUAUCACAGUCGUGGGUAGAAAGAUCGACGACUUGAAGACCAUCGUGGAGAAAAUGGCGAACAAGCAAGCAGCAAGUCAAGAACAAUUACUGGAAAACCAAGGCAAGAUACUUGAGCAUAUUGGCCAGCCAUCGAAGACUCCGGCCAAGCUCGCCAAUGUUCCAAAGGGCACGCCGGCACGCAAGAGCUGGCACGUUAAGCGCCGCUACGUGAUGGACGCAGUCUUCGAGGGGCUCGCUAGCGAUGGAGGGCCGCGUUUGGUGGGACUUGUCGGCGACAGCGGGUCGGGUAAGACCACGGCAGCCUCCGAAACUGUCAGGAGUACUGAGGUGCAAGAGGCAUUCUCCGACGGUAUCGUCUGGCUGUCGGUCAACGACGGUGCAAAGGAACGCCUUUCGUCCCUCAUGUUGCAGCUGGCCCGCGUGGUCUACGAAGACAUCGGGUGCAGCGUGGGACGUCGCCCAACGUCGUCGGAUGACUGUGCGGCCUACAUCAGGCAGCGGAUGAAGAAAGGGACUGGGGGGAAAAAAUUGAAGUGCCUCGUAGUGGCGGACAACGUGUGGGAGAAAGAGGUGAUUUCGAAGCUGUUGGAGACGGGGAUGUGGGUGCUCCUGUCAACACGAAAUAAAGCGCUGGUGACGGAAGCACAUGGCGAGGUUGUGGGGGUUGACGAGCUUUCCGAGGCAGAUGCCAUGUCGGUGUUGAGGAGAGCUGCGGAGCUACCCCCUCAGGGGAAAAUGCCCAGCGAUGCCGUUGAUCUGAUCGAGCUGUGCGGCCGUGUGGCGAUGGACCUGGCGUUCGUCGGGCGAUGGAGCACCGUUCGAGGUAGGCAGGAUCGCACGGCUUGGUCAGAUGCGGCUAGCAAGGUCCGAGAAGAGAUGGGCAAGGUCGGGAGUGGCGCUGCUAGCGAUAAGUUGGCAGAAACUCGCGAUGCACGGCGGAAGGCCAUUCUCAGCGCCGGGUUCGAAGAUCUUGCCAUUGGGUCCGACGAUGAGCGAGUGCAGCGGUUGUACCUGUCACUUGCCGUUUUUCCGGACGGUCAUGCUUUCACCGUAAGGGAUGCCGCGGUCUUGCUUUACGACAGGAAUCCUAGCGCUGAGGACGAGGCAUCAGUGGCAGGGGUUGUUGACACUCUGGAGCGCUGGACCGUACUCCGCUCGGCGGAAGGGGCCUAUCGCAUGCACGACGCACACUCGAUCUUUGCAAGGGAAACACUGAUGGACCAUGGUUAUGUUCGGCGGCCUGCCGUGACGAGAUGGGUGUCAUCCAUAUCGUGUCUGGAAGCCCUCAGGUCUAGUGACCCCUACGUCCUGAAAGGUCUGUGGCUGGCGGUAGAGGGAGUCGGCGGAGAUGGGUGGCGUAAAAGCCGCGCGUACUCCGCGGCGCUAGUUGGGAUGGACCAAUUAGACUCCGCGCUUGGCCGUCAGAACAUCAUUGCCCUGGCGCGGCUUCAAGAGGCGCACGAAGACUGGGAGGGAGCAAGCACUACCUGGCGUCGACUGCUCGAAAUCGAGAAGAAGCAGCUGGGGGCGGACCACUACUACGUCUUGAAAUCUUACCGAAGCCUAGCUAGUUGCGCAGAGCAGCUGGGACACGUUGGAGAGGCGGCGGACUGGCGCGGCAAAGAGGUCGAAGCAUUGCCACUGGCUCUUGCCAGGGUGCAAUCACAAGCUGAUGGGCUCGACGGUGCGAAUGGUCUAGCAUCUGUCGCUUCUACCAUGCUGAAGUUCAAGCCGGGUGAUAGAGCGCAAGCAGAAGUGUUACUGAGACGGUCUCUGGAAAUACAGGAGGCUGCGCUAGGCCAAGAAGACAUCGCGGUGGCCGACACGCUUUACCAGCUGGGAAUAUGCCUUCGAGAGGCAGGGCGACUGGAAGAAGCAGAAGAGCUGCUGAGGCGCAGCUUAGCGAUCAAGGAAGCCAGGCUGGGCAGAGAGGAUGUGCGUGUGGCUACAACGCUCCAUAGUCUGGGCAUGUGCCUUCGUAUGGCAGAUCAGCUAGCGGGCGCGGAGGCGAUAUUGAGGCGUGGCCUGACGAUCAAGGAGGCGAAGUUGGGCCGAAGCGAUUUCGAGGUGGCCCGCACGCUGUAUGAGCUGGGCGUGUGCGUUCGAUUGGAGGCCGGACGGCUUGACGAGGCCGACAAGGUGCUGAGGCGUUGCCUGGAUAUUGUGAAAGGGAAACUAGGCCACGACAGUGAGGAGCCCCCGUGCACACCGUACACCCUCGUCCCUUGCCCUCGAGAAGCCGACCGGCUGGGUCACGCGGAGCAGAAAUUAAGACGCUGUCUGGCCACCGAGGAGGCCCAGCUAAGCCGAGAGGAUGUUGGGGUGGCCAGAACGCUCUACAACCUGGGGACGUGCCUCCGCGCAGCAGGUCGGCUCGGGGAGGGGGAGGAGGUCCUGAGGUGCUGUGUGGAGAUCAAGGAAGAGAAGCUAGGCCCCGAUCAUGUGCACGUGGCGUAUACACUCCACGAGCUGGCGGCAUGCCUUCGGGGGGCAGGGCGACUACAGGAAGCAGAGGGGUUGCUGAUACGAUGUCUGGAUAUCAUGGAAGCAGCGCUGGGUCGACAGGAUUUAAGGGUGUCCAACGCGCUGUACGAACUAGGUGUAUGGGUUCGACAGGCAGGACGACUGGCGGAAGCAGAGAAGCUGCUAAGACGCUGUCUCACAAUUGAGGAGGCCAAGCUAGGCCAACAGGAUACGAAGGUGGUGUCUAACACCCUGUACAGCCUAGGUGUGUGCCUUGAGCAGGCAGGUCGGCUAGAGGAGGCGGAGGAGGUGUUUAGACGCUCCUUAGCCAUCGAGGAUGCUCAUGAUAGUGUGGCGGUGGCCCAACAUGGCAAUCAAUAAUCUUGUGUACGCAAGAGGCAGAUAAUAGGCAGCGUGCAGUUGUAUUUAGUGAUUUGUUGGAGAGGAAUCGAGGGUUGCACCUCGCUACUUUGUACAUUGUGACUGUCUGUGGCGGAGCUACUUCUCACGUAGAUAGUGGCUUGGGGUGGGGCAUUCAUAAAACCCCUCUUCUUGUCAAUAGCUUUCCUUUGCGUAGUAACGUGAGUUGUCGUCUGUCUAAUAAUGGUUGGCAUUUUGCUUUUGUUUCAGAUUUCGCCGAAAGAUCCACUUUGAAGAAACGCA